GCAGACCUCCUUGGACUCUAUACAUCUACAUUCUUGCUUUGAAGGGACGACUGAUCAGGUGUAAACAUGUCUAUGGAAGCGCAGCUGGAGGAGCUCCUUCAAUUCCUGCAUGGUCGAAAUCCUCAGGCACGGCAGGUCGCGCUUGCCAACCUCGUCGGACAUACAGCAAAGGAAUCACUAUAUCGAAGUUUGUUUGUUCCACGCUCGUCGGGAGGACUCAAACCCAAGGGAGAGGGGAAACAGGCGGUCGUGAUUAGGGACUUGAAGCUGCUGUGUAUGGACCAGCCUGCAACAGCACAUGAUGCGUUCCGCGCCCUCGUCAACAUAUCGGACAAUGUGCAAGUGAUCUCUCACCUCAUCGACACCACCUUCCUCAUCUUCCUCGCUUCCUACAUCCUCAACCCUACCUCCGUACUUGCCGAUCUCGCGUGCAUGCUUCUCAGUAACAUCACCGUCAACCCGUCUGCAUGUAGCACAUUGGUGAUGAUGAAGCUCCCUGUUAUACCAUUGCCGAAGGAGAAGCCGCCCUUCUACCCCACCGCGAGCAGGAGCGCAACAAGCAAUGCACCGGCGAGUUACAGGCCUUCGCAACAAGAGAUACAAGUGGCCGCACUGCCUUUACUACUGGACGCGUUUAUCGAUGGUGCGCACGUACAAGUUGCAGGCGAGACUCAGGAGAAGCGGAAGGGAGAUCUGCACUUCCUCUCGAGUGUGUUUGCAAACAUAUCAGCCAUACCCGCAGGACGCACGUUCUUCCUUACACCCCUGUCGCCUGAACCGUCGGUAUUUGGAGAGGGAGGCAGAGCCGAGUAUAUGCUGGCCAAAUUGCUCGCCUUUACGGAACAUACGGAUCUGAUCCGCCGUGGAGGAGUCUUAUCCACCAUAAAGAAUUGUGCAUUCUAUGCCCCGGCACACCGCGCUCUCCUAUCCCCUGAGACAGUAAAGGUUAAAUGUCCACCAAGCGAGAUACCAGCUCCCGGAAUCAGCAUCUUGCCUUUCCUGCUCCUCCCCCUGGCGGGACCAGAGGAGUUCGACCUAGAUGACCAGGAACUCCUUCACCCUACGCUCCAGUUCCUCCCUCCGACGAAGAGCCGGGAGAAGGACCCUGUGCUCAGGCUUACGAUCAUCGAGAGCUUUCUGUUGCUUUGCACCACCCAUUGGGGGCGGGAGCGGCUUCGGGAAAACGGGACAUACCAGAUCAUACGGGUGAUGCAUGAGACAGAGGAGGACGAAAAGGUAAUAGAACAUAUAGAUCGACUAGUCAACCUACUAAAACGGGACGAGACCGAGGAGACAAAGAAGGACGACGGCAUCGUGGCACGCGAGCUGGCUGAGGAAGGUCUGAUACCGGAUGACGAAGACGCCAUCAUGGAGGUGUAG